AACAUAGUAUUUGGCCAUUGUCCCCAUAGAUAGAACUUAACGCACAGUGAGUGUUGUGCAGAGGAGGAGGCGGCAGCGAUGGCGGAUUCCAAAUCCCAGGGAAGGAGGGUGAGCGUUCUGCUGCUCUGCGGGGACUACAUGGAAGACUACGAGGCGAUGGUUCCAUUUCAAGCGUUGCAGGCCUACGACGUAUCAGUCGAUGCUGUUUGCCCCGGCAGAAAGGCCGGCGAUGUUUGUCGCACCGCGGUCCACGAGCCUUUCGGUCACCAGACCUAUUCGGAGUCUCGGGGUCACAACUUCUCAUUGAACGCAACGUUCAGUGAAGUCGACCUCGACAAAUACGACGGCCUGGUGAUCCCCGGGGGACGGGCUCCGGAGUACCUUGCUAUGGAUCCAUCUGUUUUAGAUUUGGUUCGCAAGUUUUCCACUGCUGGAAAGCCGAUAGCCUCAGUAUGCCACGGUCAACUAAUUUUGGCGGCUGCGGGCAUUGUCGGUGGCCGGAGCUUAACGGCAUAUCUUCCAGUGAGGCCUGUACUGAUCGCUGCAGGUGCUCAUUGGGUGGAACCCCAGGGCAUGUCAGCCUGCAUCACAGAUGGUAAUCUUAUAACUGCAGCUACCUAUGAGGGGCAUCCCGAAUUCAUUCAAUCUUUUGUCAAGGCUCUAGGAGGUACCAUUACCGGUGGGUCAGGCAAGAGGAUCCUAUUUCUUUGUGGGGAUUACAUGGAAGACUAUGAAGUAAAAGUGCCGUUUCAGUCUCUUCAAGCCCUCGGAUGCCAUGUCGAUGCAGUCUGCCCCAAGAAGAAGAGUGGUGAAACUUGCCCAACAGCCAUUCAUGAUUUCGAAGGCGACCAGACUUACAGCGAGAAGCCUGGCCAUCAGUUUACCCUGAAUGCUAGCUUUGAAGAUGUAAACUCCUCUGGUUAUGAUGCUCUUGUAAUUCCAGGAGGCCGUGCACCUGAAUAUUUGGCAUUGGAUGAGGCGGUAAUUGCUUUAGUCCGGGGAUUCAUGGACGCAGGGAAGCCGGUUGCGUCCAUUUGCCACGGCCAGCAGAUUCUGUCAGCUGCUGGUGUUCUCAAGGGAAAGAAAUGCACUGCAUACCCUGCUGUGAAGCUCAACGUGGUACUGGGUGGGGCAACAUGGUUAGAUCCUGUGCCUAUAGGCCGCUGCUUCACCGAUGGAAACUUGGUCACUGGAGCAGCUUGGCCCGGCCAUCCAGAGUUUGUUUCUCAGCUUAUGGCAUUGCUUGGCCUCAGAGUGUGCUUCUAGAUUUGCUGUUUGAUACCAUCCGGAGUUUGUUUCUCAGCUUAUGGCUUUGCUUGGCAUCAGAGUGUGCUUCUAGAUCUGCUGUUUGAUACCAUCAGUGUAUACAUAUUGACUUCCUUUCCGAGGGUGACUUGUAAUUACCUCAAUGUGAGACUGUGGGCGACAGUUACUAUGAUAAUAUCUUUUAAAGAUGGAGUUGCGUUGCUCAAA